UUUCAUUAGAAGUAGGAAGAAGUCACAAUAGAGAUAUUGUGGAGUAGGCUUGCUUAGAAUAGAAAUCAAAGACCAAUUUUUCUGAGAGAAAGAAAUAACAUCUGCAAAUGAAAUGCUGUUUCUGCAACUUCUGUUGCUAGUUGUUCUCCUCCCAGGUGGUGACAAUAAAGAUGACUUCCAGGAACCAGUCUCCUUCCAACUCAUCCAGAUCUCAUCCUUUUACAACCAUUCCUUAGAAGAAAAUCUGGGCUCAGGUUGGCUGGGUGAAUUGCAGACUCAUCGGUGGGUGAGCAACUCUGGCACUAUCAUUUUCCUGUGGCCCUGGUCCAAGGGCAACUUCAGCAAUGAGGAGUGGAUGGACCUGGAAGACUUACUUCAUAUGUUCUCCAUUGGAUUUCUUCAGAUAUUUCACAACUCUGUCAGUCAAAGGCAGCUUGAAUAUCCCUUUAAGGUACAGUUGGCAGGAGGCUGUGAGCUGCACUUUGGGGAAGCCUCUGUAGGCUUCAUACGGGUUGCUUAUCAAGGAUCAGAUUUCCUGAGCUUCCAGAACAGAGCAUGGUUGCCAUCUCCAAAUGGUGGAAGUAGGGCUCAGCAUGUCUGUACGCUACUCAAUUCGGCUACAGUUGCCCGGGAAAUAUUACACAAGCUCUUCUUUGAAACCUGCCCACGUUUCCUCACGGGUCUUCUUGAUGCAGGGAAGGCAUAUCUCCAGCGACAAGUAAGACCAGAGGCCUGGCUGUCCACUGGUCCCAGUCCUGGUCCUGGCCGUCUGAUGCUGGUUUGUCACGUCUCUGGCUUCCACCCAAAGCCUAUUUGGGUGAUGUGGAUGCAGGGUGAGCAGGAAUAUCCGGGCACUCAGCGAAGUGACUUCUUGCCCAAUGCUGAUGGGACAUGGUAUCUUCAAGUGUUCUUAGAUGUGGAAGCCAUUGAGGCAGCAGGCCUGUCUUGCCACGUGAGACACAGCAGCCUAGGAGACCAGGAAAUCAUCCUCUUCUGGGAACGUCACAACUCCAUGGGCUUGAUCAUCUUGGCAGUCAUAAUGCCCCUUGUGCUUCUGACAGGUCUUGCAUUUUGGCUUAGGAAGCGCUGGACAUACCGUGAAUUUCCAAGCACUUCUCUCCCUUUGGAAUGAGAUCCCA